AUGGAGGGGGAAGAAGAGAAGACGGAAGAAGGCGGGGAGUUUGCAGCUUUGGAGGGGCACUCGCGCCUGCCCCACUUCGCCGUCUUCUCGCGCCUUCCGCCACAUCGCAACACCUCGUCGACCCCCGUUGCGACCAGACUGUCGAUUGCGAGGGCUUCUCUUCUACCUCCUCCUUCUCGCCGUGCGCGGUCGUUCCUUGAUCGCACGCGAAUCAACCGUGGCCGCACCUAG